AAUGUACUGUGCUGUGAGGAAGAAGCCGCCAUCGCCAUGCCAACUAUUAGCGUAGGGAGAGAUCGUCUCUUCGCUGCCUUGGGCAAGACCUACACACAAGAAGAGUUCGAGGAUCUGUGUUUCAGAUUCGGAAUUGAGCUCGAUGAUGUGACAACGGAGAAGGCCAUAAUUAGGAAAGAGAAGCACUUGGAAGAGGAAGUCGAUGAUGAUGAAGAAGUCAUCUACAAGAUUGAGGUUCCUGCUAACAGAUAUGAUUUGCUCUGUCUGGAAGGGCUUGCACUAGCUCUUCGCAUUUUCAAUGGGCUGGAGCAGAUACCCCAGUUCAAAGUUGCUAACAUUAGUAGGAAUUCAAUGCUUAAAAUGCAUGUUAAAGAGGAGACUUCUCUGAUACGACCCUUUGUUGUUUGUGCUGUUUUGAGGGGCAUAACUUUUGAUGAAGCGAGUUAUAAUAGCUUCAUUGAUCUCCAGGAUAAGCUUCACCAAAAUAUCUGCAGACGUAGAACCCUGGUAGCAAUUGGGACUCAUGAUUUGGACACAUUAGAAGGACCAUUCACAUAUGAGGCAUUACCACCUUCAGAAAUAAAUUUUGUGCCUCUUAAACAGGUGAAAAGCUUCAGAGCUGAUGAGCUGAUGGAGUUCUACAAGUCAGAUUUGAAACUGAAGAAAUUUUUGCACAUCAUCGAGAACUCACCAGUGUUUCCUGUCAUAUAUGACAGCAAGAGAACUGUUGUAUCUUUACCUCCAAUUAUUAAUAGUGCACAUUCAGCAAUCACCUUAAAGACAAAAAAUGUCUUUAUUGAAUGUACGGCCACUGAUUUGACCAAGGCAAAAAUUGUUUUAAAUACAAUGGUAACAACUUUUUCAUCAUAUUGUCAAAGAAAGUUUGAAGUGGAACCAGUUGAAGUGAAAUACUUUGAUGAAAAGUCAUAUUUGUAUCCUGAUUUAUCUGUAUUCAAUAUGGAAGUUCCUCUAUCCUAUAUCACUGAUUCAGUUGGAGUCUCAUUAAAGGCAGAAGAGGUAACUAGUCUGUUAAACCGCAUGCAGUUGCACGCCAACAUUGCCAAGGAGUCUGGAUCAGGUGAAAAUUGCAAUAUCAAUGUGUCAGUACCACCAACCAGAAGUGAUGUUCUUCAUCCAUGUGAUGUUAUGGAGGAUGUUGCAAUUGCUUUUGGGUACAACGAUAUUCCAAAGAGAAAGCCUUCAACUUUGAAGCCACUUCCUUUAAACCAGCUUAGUGAUCUUAUCAGACACGAGAUAGCAAUGAAUGGGUUUACUGAGGUAUUGACAUGGAUUUUGUGUUCCAAGAGAGAGAAUUUUGAGAUGUUGAACAGAAAGGAUGACAAAUCAACUGCAGUGAUUAUUGGGAACCCCCGUUCCUCAGAUUUUGAGGUUGUUCGUACAAGUCUAAUGCCUGGUAUGUUGAAGACAGUUGGACAUAAUAAAGACCAUCCAAAACCCUUAAAGAUUUUUGAAGUGGGUGAUGUGGUACUUUUGGAUGAAAACAAAGAUGUUGGUGCUUCGAACCGUCGCCUACUUGGUGCAUUGUAUUGUGGUGCUAACUCAGGUUUUGAGCUGAUUCAUAGCCUCGUUGAUAGAAUUAUGGAAGUUAUUGGGUCUCCUUUUGUUCCUGUUGGUGAUAAUACAGGAUAUUUCAUACAGCUUUCAGAGGAGCCUGAAUUUCUACCGGGUAGACAAGCUAGCAUUGUUUACAAAGGAAGACGCAUUGGCACUUUUGGCAUUGUGCAUCCAGAGGUCUUGAACAAUUUUGACAUCCCUGAUCCAUGCUCCUUCCUGGAAGUUAACAUAGAGACCUUCUUGUAAGGUUUUUCCAUGAUUGCUGGUGUACACUGGCAUUAUUAUACCUAGUUGAGAUUAUAAAUAUAUUUUAGAGGUGUGCAACUUUUGCUACUGAAAUCAGGAUAAAAAAAGAGAAGCAAUUAUGGACUGCUGCUUAACCAAUUAGCAGAGACAUCCAUUUGGCUUAGCAUAUAGUAAAAUCAUGUACUCUCUGAAAAUUGGUUAUAUCGGUCAGUUUACAUGCUUCACUUCAGUAAUAAUUUCUCACUGUUCCCGUAUUUUGAUUCAAGGAUUAAAUGAAGGAUUUGUGUGCUUUACAUUCCAUAAAUCUCUUCUAAUUUCCUUUCUGGUCUUCAUUAAUUGGAUGGAAUUAUAUUCCUCUCCUUUCUCAUUUCU